GUUUAUUCGACGUCGCGCGUUUGCAGUGUAGACAGCUGCGUUGUUGCGUCGCGUCGCGUCGCGUCGCAUGCGGUGUAUUCAGGUUACUGCGCCACUAUUUACAAGUGUAUUUUGCUGUAUGGCAAGUGGAUCAAAUAUUCUCUGUUGCACCACCAACUCCUUCCAGAACUGCGAUGGGAACGAUAUUUAAGCUAUAGCCGUAUUUAACCUUUAGUGGCACAAAGCAGCGCAGGAGACGCAGUAUUUCACAGAAGCAUGGCUGAGCACGGGACGCGCGCCCCUCUCAUAUAUCACAGCGCGUCAUCACCUCCAGGAAAGGGGGAAUAUUUAACUCAGGUUAGUAAAGCUGAAUGAGAAGAAGAUGGACAGCCGGACCGAGAACCCGACGAAGGCAGCUGGCUAUCUGAAGGAGCUGAAUAAGAUCAUAGAGACCCAGCAGACGCUGCUGGAGCGGCAGAAGAGGCGCAUCUUCGAGCUGGAGCAGCAUGUGUCCGAGCUGUGCGCAGAGAACAGCCGCCUGAGACACGAGCACCAGCGGCAUCUGCUCACCUGCAGACUGCGCUCCAUCCAGGAGAACAGCCCGCUGCAACAGUCAGAAUAUGGCAGUACCAGAAUUGUCAGAAGACACGCCUCUCUUCCUGUGGAAAUGACAGACAGUCCCAGCAGCCUCAGAUCAGCCGUCUGCAGGAGACCCGUGCCAAACCGACAGUGGAAGUCGGCAUCCUUCGGUGUGGAGGGGAGUGUUCAAAACAGUGAGGCCGGCCCUUCCUUGGACACCAGCACAGGAUAUGGCCAUGGCCCUGUCACACACAGUUCUUCCUUGAGUCCGGAGCUGUCUGAAAGCCCAGUGUACGGUCACAGCGUCCAGCCAGGGCCACAGCGCCCUCACCGGCCCAAACUACAGCACUCUCAGUCCAUCCUCCGCAAGCAGGCAGAGGAGGAGGCCAUCAAGCGCUCGCACUCCCACUCUGAGAGCUAUGAGCUCUCCACAGACCUGCAGGACAAGAAGGUGGAAAUGCUUGAGCGGAAAUACGGAGGCCGUUUCAUAACCCGCCAUGCAGCGCGCACCAUCCAGACAGCUUUCCGGCAACACCAGAUGAACAAGAACUUUGAGCGUCUCAGGAGCUCGAUGUCGGAGAACCGCAUGACCCGCAGGAUCCUUCUGUCCAACAUGAGGAUGCAGUUUUCCUUUGAGGGACCUGAGAAAGUCCUUGGCUCUGUUUUGGAGGGGAGGCAAAUGUCUCUCCUGGACGAUGUCAGCCAAGUAGGAGGUAUGGUGCAGGCCACAGAGAUGGUUCCUGUCAUUUUGGAAGCCCCAGAAACUCAAAAUGACUUAACAGACACAAUCACAGAACUAGAGGACACUUUCUCAAGGCAAGUUAAGUCACUGGCAGAGUCGAUCGAUGAUGCACUGACCUGUCGUAGUUCGCAAAAAGAGGAGAUGCAUCCUGAGCAAGUUCUUUGUGAAGAGGGCAUGCAGCCGGAUAAUGAGCUCCCUCAGCCCCAUGAGCAGCACAAGCUGGAUGAGAUGUGUGAAGUGACGCUCUUCAUCGAUGAAGAGGAGCUCUCUCCACUGGUUCAGCCUUCCAGCUUUGAGUCUGAGCAUCGCAUGCAGACUAUUGGCUGGUCCAUGGAUGACAAAGUGGACAUGGAAACUCCUUCCCUCGAAUGCCAGGGGCCUAGGCUCUGUGCAGAUUUACCCCUGCUGACCAUCGAGCCUCCCAGCGACAGCUCCACAGAUGUAAGCGAUCGCUGUGAGCAUAGUUUGGUCCAGCCACAAAAUAUUCUUGAACAGACUGUAGCAGGACCAUGGGCAAGUCCCAAACAAGUCACACAUGGACUACCUCCUAGAGUUCCCUCAGUUACUCGAGAUGAAGAGCCACUUAGACACCAGCAGGUGGAGAGCCACCUGACCACCAACGGCAACCAGCAGAGAAAGUCAGUGUCAGACUUCUCAGACGGAGACAAUGACAGUAUCAACAGCAAUUCAAACUCCAUUGACACAAUAAACUCAGAAUUGCCAUCUAGAGACGAGAGUCUGAGAGAACAGAGUCUCAGCAAACAGACCUAUCAUAAAGACACUCGCAACAGCUGGGACUCUCCAGCGCUCUGCAGUGAUAUCAUGCGCAAGAGACAAUACCGCAUCGGCCUCAACCUCUUUAAUAAAAAGCCAGAGAAGGGAAUACAGUACCUAACGGAGAGGGGCUUCAUUCCUGACACGCCCGUGGGUGUGGCUCACUUCCUGCUGCAAAGGAAAGGCUUAAGUAGACAAAUGAUUGGGGAAUUUCUCGGGAACAGACAAAAACAGUUCAACAGAGAUGUUCUAGACUGUGUGGUGGAUGAGCUGGAUUUCUCAGGGAUGGAGCUGGAUGAAGCUUUGCGCAAAUUCCAAGCUCAAAUCCGUGUUCAGGGAGAGGCACAGAAGGUGGAGCGCCUGAUCGAGGCUUUCAGCCAGCGGUACUGCAUCUGUAACCCUGAUGUGGUCCGUCAGUUCAGAAACCCUGACACCAUCUUCAUCUUGGCUUUCGCCAUUAUCCUUCUCAACACAGACAUGUACAGCCCCAACGUCAAGGUUGAACGAAAGAUGAAACUUGAGGACUUCGUCAAGAAUCUACGAGGGGUUGAUGAUGGUGAGGAUAUCCCUCGAGACAUGCUGGUUGGGAUUUAUGAGCGGAUCCAGAAGAAGGAGCUCAAAACCAAUGAUGACCAUGUGACUCAGGUGCAGAAGGUGGAGAAGCUCAUUGUGGGCAAGAAGCAAAUGGGAUCAAUUCACCAUGGUCUUGGAUGUGUGCUGUCUCAAGCCCAUCGCAGGCUGGUGUGCUACUGCAGACUGUUCGAGGUCCCAGAUCCCAACAGACUGCAAAAGCUGGGGCAGCACCAGCGGGAGAUCUUCCUGUUUAAUGACCUUCUGGUGGUUACCAAGAUCUUCCAGAAGAAGAAGAAUUCAGUGACGUAUAGUUUCAGGCAAUCUUUCUCUCUGUAUGGGAUGCAAGUGAUGCUCUUUGAGAACCAGUUCUAUCCAAAUGGUAUCCGGCUGACUUCAGCCAUUCCUGGUGCAGACUUCAAAGUCCUGAUAAAUUUGAAUGCUCCCAACUCUCAGGACCGCAAGAAAUUCACCAGUGACCUGCGAGAGUCCAUCGCUGAGGUCCAGGAAAUGGAAAAGUACCGGAUUGAGUCUGAGCUGGAGAAACAGAAAGGAGUGGUCAGACCCAGUAUGUCUCAGAGCAUGUCAGGCCUAAAGAAGGAGAGUGGAAACGGGACCAUGGGCCGCACUAGUCUGGAUGACACAUACACCAUGGGGGAAGGGAUAAAGAGGAGCGCGCUCAGUAGCUCCUUGCGUGACCUUUCUGAAGCAGGGCUCCAUCUUUAGCAGUCCUCCUCUGCGUCAGAGGAGCAUCUGUUCCUAAAAGGCGGUGCAAUCUCCUCCUCCUCCCUCCUUGGGUCACUUUUCGACAGCAGUCACGAAUCCUCCGCUGUAGCACCACUCCCCACUAGCACAAGCCAACGCGGCCUGUACCUCUUCAUACAGCUUUCACACUCGCUGUACAUAACCAUCAGCCCCGACACAGAGAACAGCACAUGAUCACAAAACACAAGCCUUAUGCUUUCAGCAUGGGUGUGAGCUUUAAACAGACACAACCGUACCAGAGCCAUACCAGCCAGUCCCAACACUGCAAAAACUGCAUCUGUCUUUGAUGUCACACACACUUAUUGCAUUCUGCCUACGGGUGAAUGUCACAAGAUUAGAACUCUGACAAGAAUUUAUCAUUUGCAUAAAUUAUAGCAAGGACCAUUAAGAAAUAUUGCAUUGUAACAUAGUUUUCAUAACACAUUUUGUCUUACUGUAAUGCAUUUUAAAGUUUUAAUAGUAAUAGGAAUAAUAAUAAUAAUAUCAGCAUUAUUAUUAUUAUUAUUAUUAUUAUUAUUAUUAUUAUUAUUAUUAUUAUUAUUAUUAUUAUUAUCCAAUAGUUUUAAGUCUGUUCUUGGAAAGGAUAAUAAAACAACAAUUUGUCAGUUAAUUUUAGCCUACAUUAAAGCCAGCAGCCAUGCCACAUAAAUAUUUUUUACAUGAAUCAUGAUCCAAAUUCCAAUCAUUUUUAUAAUUAUUAUAAUUAUUUUAUUUUAUUUUUUUAAGAGAAGUGUGUUUAAUUUUGCUUAAUAUCAGCAAAAAAAAUCUUAAUGGUCCUAAAUAUAGAUAUGACUUUUCAUUUAUUUAUUAUAAUAUUUAUAAAAACACACAACAGACUAGUAGGUUUGCUUGUAUUCCCGUUCAUUCAAACUAGCCGAAUGAGAGAGUAGAUGUUCUAAUGCUGUAUUAGUGGUAGAUGACAGCUCUACAUGUUGUCUUAAUAAUCAUUAAUGAACGUGCCAAUGACCAUUGCACCCACGAUGUUUCAUGUGUAGAACAGUAGUGUAACUGAAACCAUUGUAAGCAAAAAGCGAUGUUAUAGGAGACUGUAAAAGAUGUAUUCACAACUUUUGAGAACUUGGCCAGUUUGAACAGAGGUUAUAUUUAAAGACGUAUUCUACCUGAAAGCUUCCAUUGUGAUCUAUGAUGAGGUGAUUCUGAAGCACAAAUGCAGUAUCAUGUGGCACUUUGAACUGCUCAACCACAGUGAAAUUGUACAGCAUUAUAUGAAUCUUACAGAGAUGUUUAAAUAUGUUUGCAUGUCUGGAAUAAUUUUUUUUUAAAGAAAUUAUUCAGAUUUUAGUAUUAUUAUUAUUUUCAUAUUUUUCUUUUCCUUUGGAGGAAAUUCCUGGACAUCUGAGGGCCAGUGACAGAAUUAUUUUUCUAUAUUUUAUGGAUUGUUCUU